AUGUCUGACGCAGGAGCUCCCGAGGCGACUGCGACCGACGCCGGCGCUGCCCGCAAGGAGCAGCAGGCUCAAGAUCUUGCGCGCGCCCAGGAAGCCGGAUGGAACAACCCAGUUCCCUUCCAGUAUGAGACAGUCGUUGGUGGCACUCCUGCCGAGGACGAUACUCGCGACACUGCUGUCUGGCUCUCGGACGCUGCUAUUUACCAGUGGGACGACGAGUUCGGCGAUGUUGGAGAGCCCAACCCUGAGCUCGAGAAGAUGCUCUUCACCGACCAGUAUCUCCAGCGCGCCGGUGGUGCAAUCAAGGCGCUCUCGUUCGACGUGACUCUCUCGGGUCCCACCAAGAUCAGCCCCGUCCGCAACUUCGAAGAUGCCGGUCUCCACCCGAUCAUGCUUGACAACGUCAAGUUGUGCCAGUACAAUGCCCCGACCCCGAUUCAGUCCUACUGCAUCCCUGCUAUCUUAACUGGACACGACGUGGUCGCCGUUGCACAGACUGGUUCCGGCAAGACUGCUGCGUUUCUCCUCCCGAUUCUGUCCAAGCUCAUGGGCAAGGCCCGUCAACUCGCUGCGCCGCGCCCCAACCCGGUCCGCUACAACCCUCUCACCGACAAAGUCCGUGCGGAGCCUCUCGUCCUGGUCGUCUGCCCUACGCGUGAGCUUGCUUGUCAGAUCUUUGACGAGGCGCGUCGUCUGUGCUACCGUACUAUGCUGCGUCCUUGCGUCAUCUACGGUGGCGCCCCCAGCAGGAAUCAGCGGGAACAGCUCGAGAUGGGCUGUGAUAUUCUCAUCGCGACUCCGGGUCGCCUCAUGGACUUCAUGUCUAACAUCAACCUGCUGUCCUUCAACCGCCUGAAGUUCACCGUAAUUGACGAGGCCGACGAGCUUCUCUCCACUGGUUGGGAAGAGGCUAUGGAGAAGUUGUUCGCUGGUUCAGACCAGAACGACGACGCCGACCACACGUAUCUCAUGUUCUCCGCCACGUUCCCCAAGUCAGCUCGUCGCCUGACUCGGGAAUACAUGGACGAGGAUUGCGUCCGGAUCAAGGUCGGUAGGGUUGGCAGCACCCAUCAAAACAUCACCCAGCAGGUCAUCUUCGCAGAGGAGAGUGCCAAGAGCCAGGCACUGUUUGACUUGAUCUUCAGUGAAGGCCCUCAGCGUACCCUCGUCUUCACCAACUCCAAGGUGAAGUGCGACAUGGUCGAUGACUUCCUUUACAACAAGGGCAUGCCUGUCACCUCGAUCCACUCAGACCGCACACAGCGUGAGCGCGAAGAUGCUCUUCGCUCAUUCCGUACCGGCCGCUGCCCCAUUCUCGUCGCUACCGGAGUCACUGCGCGUGGUCUGGACGUCGCCAACGUCAAGCAUGUAAUCAACUACGAUCUUCCUUCCACUAUGCAUGACGGCAUUACUGAGUAUAUCCACCGCAUUGGCCGUACCGCGCGUAUCGGUAAUGAGGGCAAGGCGACGUCUUUCUUCAACGACCGCAAUGAAGAUAUUGGCGAAGACCUCUGCAAGAUUCUGUGCGAGAGCAAGCAGACAAUUCCAGAGUUUCUCCAAGAGCACAUGCCCGAGGAUCCCAACACUAUCGAGUGGCACGACGGCACUGACGAUGAGUCUGAUGACGAUCUUGGUGGUGGCUUUGGCGGUGGUGACGCGGGAGGUUUCGACGCUGAGGCUACUGGCUUCGGUGGAGAGGCUGCCGCUGAUACUGGAUUCGGUGGCGAUGACGGCGGAUUCGGUGGAGGUGGAGGAGGCUUCUCUGCUGAUGCCGAUGCCGACGACAAGGCCGCUGCCUGGUAA